AUGCCAAUUUGCGGUGGUUCUAGUAGCUCUAAAAAGCCGAUUGAGCGUAAGAUCGUGAUUUUGGGAGAUGGUGCCUGUGGUAAAACGUCGCUAUUGAACGUUUUCACUCGUGGGUACUUUCCUAAAGUGUACGAACCUACAGUGUUCGAAAAUUACAUACACGAUAUUUUCGUCGACAGCCAGCACAUAACGUUAAGUCUGUGGGAUACAGCAGGUCAAGAAGAAUUUGACCGGUUGCGAUCGCUGUCGUAUUCUGAUACGCACACGAUCAUGUUGUGUUUUUCUGUAGACUCGCGCGACUCGUUAGACAAUGUGCAGCAUAAAUGGGUUGGUGAAAUUGCAGACCAUUGUGAAGGUGUCAAAUUGGUGUUAGUGGCUCUGAAGUGCGACUUACGAAGCAACACGAACGAAUUUGCCCUUGACUCCGCUAUCACACCCGGCAACAUUCAGCAGCAGCAGCAGCAACAACAACAACAACAGCAACAGCAGCAGCAGUCGUCAAAUGCACGAGACAAUGGUAGACUAGUCUCGUACGACGAGGGUUUGGCCAUGGCCAAGAAAAUCGGCGCUUUAAGGUAUUUAGAGUGCAGCGCCAAGAUGAAUCGCGGGGUAAAUGAAGCUUUCACAGAGGCUGCAAGAUGUGCUUUGACAGCGCAUCCAAAAGGUGCUCGUGAGGGCAGUCAGGAAGAGAGUAAUAGCAGCAGCAAAUGUUCGAUCAUGUGA